UGUGUUGAUUUUGGUUUAAAUCCUUCAUUUUUUUGCUGUGUUCCUGUUCACUGAGUAGGGGACGUUUACUGUUCCAGAUUGGCGUCAUGAUGGCUGUCAGGGGACUGGCAUUACAAAGCUGUGCCGUUGCUUUGCUGCUCUUUUCUUUGCAUUUUUCCAAUGGGGAUGUAAGCUACUCGUUUCCGGAGGAGAUGAAACGCGGAUCCGUGAUCGGAAAUAUCGCCAAAGACUUGGGUCUCGAAACAAGCCGACUAUCUGCUCGAAAGGCCCGCAUUGAUACCGAUGGGAGCGACAAACGUUAUUGUGAUUUAAACCUCCAUAACGGGGAUCUGACUGUUGCUGAGAGGAUCGACAGAGAGGGCCUUUGUGGAGACAAAGCAUCCUGCGUUUUAAAACAAGAGCUCAUGUUAGAGAAUCCAUUAGAAUUGCAUCGAAUUAGUCUGCAUGUCCAGGACAUAAAUGAUAACUCUCCGCAAUUUAAGAAAGAAUUGAUCCAUAUCGAUAUCAGUGAAUCUGCGGACAAAGGUGCUCGUUUUCCAAUAGAAGAAGCACAUGAUGCGGAUGUAGGCAAAUAUUCAGUUCAGACGUACAACCUCCAAAGCAAUGAGAAUUUUAUUUUGGGCGUUGGAACCAAUUCUGUGGAACUUGUGCUUAACAAAGAGCUCGACCGGGAAAAUUUAAAGGAAAUCAAUCUGCUUCUCACAGCUCUAGAUGGAGGCUCUCCUCAGAGAUCAGGUACUGUAGUCAUACAUGUAACUGUACAGGAUGCUAAUGAUAACGUCCCAGUGUUUAGCCAGGCCGUUUAUAAAGCCAGUCUGCCUGAAAACUCUCCACUAGGUACUGUGGUGCUGACAGUGAGCGCUACUGAUGCAGACGAGGGACUAAAUGGAGACGUGACAUAUGAUUUUGGACAUAUUUCAGAAGAUAUGAAGUCAAUGUUUACCAUAGAUCACAAGACAGGUGAUAUAAAAUUGACAACCACAGUUGAUUUCGAAACAGCAUCAUCAUUUGAACUGCGCGUCACAGCAAAAGAUGGUAUGGGAUUAACUUCUUAUGCCAAAGCCAUCAUAGACGUUACUGAUAUAAAUGACAAUGCCCCAGUUAUAUAUAUAAAAUCACUGACUAACCCCAUACCUGAGAACGUGUCUCCUGGUUCAGAGGUGGGCAUCAUUAACGUGCAGGAUAGAGACUCUGAGAAUAACAGACAGGUCCGCUGCUCCAUUCAGCAAAACGUCCCUUUUAAGUUGGUUCCUUCUAUUAAAAACUAUUAUUCUCUGGUGACCACAGGACAACUGGACCGUGAACUAGUGUCUGAUUACAACAUUACAAUCAGUGCCACUGACGAGGGCUCUCCACCUCUGUCCUCCUCUAAAACUGUUCAGUUAUCUGUAGCAGACAUCAACGACAACCCACCUGUGUUUGAGGAACAGUCCUACAGCGCAUAUGUGAGUGAAAAUAACAAACCUGGCUCCACUUUAUGUUCCGUUACUGCUCGAGACCCCGACUGGAGACAAAACGGUACAGUGAUUUAUUCUCUGUUAGCUGGUGAGGUGAACGGUGCCCCGGUGUCCUCCUAUCUAUCUGUUAACGGAGACACGGGGGUGAUCCACGCUGUGAGGUCGUUUGAUUAUGAACAGUUCAGGAGUUUUAAAGUCCACGUGAUGGCCAGAGACAACGGUUCUCCUCCGCUCAGCAGCAACGUGACCGUCAGUGUCUUCAUAUCGGAUGUGAAUGACAACUCUCCUCAGAUACUGUACCCCGCCCCGGAGGGCAACUCCUUCAUGACCGAGCUGGUCCCCAAAGCUGCACACGGAGGCUCUCUGGUGUCCAAAGUGAUAGCGGUGGACGCGGACUCCGGACAGAACGCCUGGCUGUCCUAUCAUAUAGUGAAAUCCACUGAUCCGGGACUUUUCACUAUCGGUCUCCACAGCGGAGAGAUCAGGACACAGCGGGACAUUUCUGAGUCUGACAGCAUGAAACAGAACCUUAUUGUGGCAGUGAAAGAUAACGGACAGCCCUCUCUCUCUGCCACCUGUUCCAUGUAUUUACUGAUUUCGGAUAACUUGGCUGAGGUGCCAGAACUGAAGGAUAUUUCUUAUGAUGAGAAGAACUCCAAGCUGACCUCUUAUCUGAUCAUCGCGCUGGUGUCUGUGUCCACCUUUUUCCUGACCUUCAUCAUCAUCAUCCUGGGUGUGAGGUUUUGUCGCAGGAGAAAGCCCAGACUGUUGUUUGAUGGAGCAGUUGCCAUCCCCAGCGCUUAUCUCCCUCCUAAUUACGCAGAUGUUGACGGAACAGGAACUUUACGCAGCGCUUACAACUAUGACGCCUACCUGACAACAGGUUCUAGAACCAGUGACUUUAAGUUCGUCAGUUCUUACAAUGACAACACACUGCCUGCUGACCAGACUCUGAGGAAAAGUCCAUCAGACUUUGCUGAGGCGUUUGGGGAUUGUGAUAGUUCUCCUGAGGUAGGGACACAUUUCUAUAUUUCAUAUUUCUUAACUUGUUUUCAACCAAGAUGCAAAUACUAAAGCCAAACUGCUCCUAAAAAACGUUUACAGAGCAUCAUAACAAUCUCCCAUCCGCCCACCUCACCCUCCACACUCAGACGCAGACACACACCGUUAAACUAGGCAUGCAUACUCUCCGUAAUAUAUUUAUAUAUCUAAUGUUUUUAGACCACUCGUUUUUUUUAUCCUGUUUGUCUCUAUCUGGAUGCAUGAUUGCUGUAUUUUAUGUUACUGUGAGAGAAAACCUUUUUGAAUUAGGCUCCUAGAUUCGCUGUCCUUGGUGCUGAACUUCUGUUGCAUUUUUAGAGAUAGUUACUUCUGUGUUUUCAGCUGUUAUCAUUCCAACUUUACUGAAUUGGGUUUCAGUACAUUUGCUUCUUUUACACACUUGGCUAAAAUACUGAGGUUUAUCUGAAUUUGAUGCUUUGCUUAUGUUGUUGCUGUAAUCUGGUGCCAGUGUCAAGUUCCUCUUCGGGAUUUAUCCUCACUAGACGUUUAUCAUUAUUGAUGGAUAAUAGGACAUGGUAUUAGAGCAGUAAGAACACAUUUACAAUAGAGCCUCUGUGUUUAUUCUAUUUUGCUAGUGGAUUCUCGCUUUCCUGAGUUGGUCUUCUGUAUGUAAUAUUAUUGAUAUGUGCUUUUGUGGAAAAUGCAUCCUCCCUAGAACUAAUAUGACCUGCAGUCUUUCACAUUAAAGGGUAAAACUUUGACAAAAUAGUACAUGGUGCUCAAAUAUUUUUCAAUUCAAUUUCAUAAUAAUGCUCUUGUUUCCUUAAUAUAUAGAAUAUGGUGUUGUCCAGUAGUAAAUAGUACUAUUGCAAACACUAUACAACAGAAAAUGAAUGCAUACUGAAUGAAAGGCAUUGCAGUCGAGUUUUUACAGAGCAGCUUCCAGAAACAGUAGUUUCAUUCUGAAUGUUUGACAGCGUUGCAUUUGAUGCAUUUUUAUUGUUAUAAGUUAAUAAUAAAUUAAAUGGCUGCAUUAUUUUCUUGAAUUUUGUAACAGCUGUUGGUCAUUAUUUCUGAAAGUGUGCCAACAUUCAGUGUUAAAUCAGUGAACAAAAGCACAAUGUUUAAAGCUCCAUCUGAAAAUAGAUGUCUUUUGUUACCGUUGUUGUUGUUGUCGUUGUUGUAGUAAUAGUAGUAGUAAAUAACAAUAUCAACAACAACAAUAAAAAUACUAUUUUGUUGCUAAUCAUCAGGGUAUAUUCAAACAAAGACCUUAUUUUGGAGAGAUAUGUGUGAUGUUUUUGUCUCCUAAGUUGCCAAAAAUCUUUCAGAACAAUCAUUAUUUCAAUAGAUA